AUGAGGAGACAGAAAUAUGGCAGUCGGUGGUGGCUGUGGUGGGCGGCAGUUAUUUUGCUGUUACUGCGGCUCCGCGCCGAGGAGGACGAGAUUACGGUAGAAGGAGAAGCCAAAAGCACCCCGAAACCUAAGGAAGAACCCCCAAAGACGCCUGAUCAACUCGGCGUCCCGGUAUGCCAAUCCGACUACGACUGCGUGUACCGCGGAAUGUGCCGGAAAGACGCCGACGGCUACGGAAGGUGCAUGUGUCCAUCAUCAUGCCCCCAGCAUAUCCCUCUCGGCUGCCGAAAACCGCCGCGGCGGGGCAACAAACCGCCAUGCUUGCUGAUGGACGACUCCUACCGGAAACGCUUCAAAUUUCUGGAUCCUGUCUGUCACAAAGAAAAAUGCCUGUGCCCUCCGAUGUUCGACGAGGUGACGACGGCCAAGAAUUUUCCAAUUCAGCGUCUACCACCUAGGAAAUGUGACAAGAGAGAACUGCAAGUGGUCGGCCACAUCCACCCCUCCCCCUCGGUCUACAAGGGCAAUGACGUCACCAUGUUCUGCUGCCUGAAUAUGGACCCAACGGGAGUUGUUGAUCAUUCUGGCGUCACCUUCAUCCAUAACAGCUCCGUGCAAAAGGACCCCACGACCCAUCCGUUCCAUAUGAACGUCGACUCGCCGGAACUGAUUUUCUUGACGGAGACGCCGUGCUGGAAGUUGGAGAUCUCGAACGUGCAAUUUUCUGACGCGGGCACGUAUACGUGCUUGGCCUCGUAUGCCCAGUCUUCGAUACGAUUGCCCCCAGUGAACUUUACGAUGGAGUUUGAGGUUAAAUCCUCGAAAAAAGUGAAAAACUUUGCCAUCACGGCCACGCCCAACUCGGCCAAUGUCACCUGGGAGACGGAUGAUGAGAGUAUGCAAAUUGACCUCAGGUUGACGAGCCACGCGACCACGACACGCCAGAACUGGACGGCCAGCAACGCGAAGAGCCCGGUGCUGAUCGAGGAUCUGCUUCCGGCUACGGCCUACACCCUGCACAUCUCGCUUCAUGCCGGGCCCGAACCAAUCCGGAUGACCGAACACUUUCAGACACAAGAGAAAGCUCCGUCACCCCCCGGGUCCCAAGAGCUUCGUCUGGUUGAGGAUGGGGAUGGCAGGUUUUACUGUGAAGUGGAUUGGAGGGCGCCUGAGCAUCCGAAUGGCCGGAUUCAGUCGUAUUUUGUCCGCAUGGAGGGCAAAAUCCGGGACGGCGCCUCAGAAACCCUCGUCCCAGACGACUACCCCCCAGCCACCGACCCGAAAUGCUCGAAUUUCGACCAAAACGAGCAGCCCGACAAGAGCAUCAACCCCAACGAGUUCGCUUCGUCGACGUCGUUCUUCUUCUGCCGAUUUGGGCCGCUGAAACCAAACCGCAACUACUCGGUGACGGUGUGGGCUUCGAAUUCGGCCGGGAAAAGCCAGCCGCUGAUGUUUGCCGAGCAGUGCAGCACCAAAUUUGACUCGCCGGAGAGGGUCGAACCCCCCACCAGCCUCCCGCCACAAAAUCUGACCAACAUCCAGUUACGCUAUGGAUCGCCGCCCGACCAGACGAGUGGACCCAUCAGCUGCUACUACGUGGCCAUCGUCCCUCUCCUCCUGAACGCCAGCAUCGAGAAGCUGCCCCCACCCGCCGACAUCUCCAUCGACAACGGCCAGAACGCGUUUAAGAACAACAUGAGGGUGGCUGGGGACAAGGAGCAGAAGAGCUACUUGGCCUAUAUUGCGGAAAGCUACGAGCGCUACCUGCCGGAAACGGCGAUUAUGGGAGAUGGGAAUACCAGCAGCGGGGUCGAGCCGUGUGAGACGAAAUACCUUGAUCGUCACUCAAGCGAAGAUAUAGCUCUUCGGCAAGGUCUCAUCUACACGGGAUUCCUAAUCGUCAGAGUUGACAAUCCGGAGGCAAACCGCGAGCCGACUACGACUACGGUAGCUACCCCGAGAUCUAGGCUCAAGGGCCGUCUCCUAACUCCCGCCCCAAGCUCCCCAGUGUCCAAAGGGACCUCCUACGCCUACAGCUCCUACUUCAAGCCUGUGUCGCUGAACGCGCUGGGAGAAGACUCGGCCUCCUGGGCGACGAUCCUGAUCCUGUUGACGGUUUUGCUGUGCUUUGCACUCGUUGGAGCUGCUUCAUUCUUUGCUUACACUGCCAUUAAAAAGAAGAAGAUGGGCCACGAGCACAUCCAACUCAAAAUGUCGAGCUACGGACCGGUGAAGGCUGAAGAUAUCCCCGGCGAGUACCGUACCCGCCAUAAGGAUUCUGAUUUCUUGUUCACGGAAGAAUGGAGCCGAAUGCCCAACUACAACCUCGAGGCGACGGCCAGCAAGAAGAAAGAGAACGCGGCAAAAAAUCGUUACAAUGACAUUUGUGCGUUCGACGACACGCGGGUGAAAUUGAAGAAGCUGGACGGCGUCGAGCAUAGCGAUUACAUCAACGCGAAUCUGAUUCAUGGCUACGAUCCUCAAAAACGUUUCAUCGCCGCCCAGGGGCCACUCCCGAAUACGAUCGACGAUUUCUGGAGGAUGUGCUGGGAGCAGGGAGUCGAAAUGAUUGUUAUGGUCGCCAACCUCACCGAACGGCAUAAGCAACAGUGCGCAAAGUAUUGGCCUGAUGACGAGCCGUUGAGCCUCUCCCGAUAUGAAGUGAUCCCGACCGGCCAAUCCGAAUACUACGCCGACUACUCCGUACGAACUUUCGAGGUCAGGGAGAAGCUGCUCAGCGGUCGAUUGUCGCCGAUCAGCAUCCCGGUCAACCAUGGAAGAAGCCUCGCCGACAUGUCAACCCUCGAAGGCAGCGGCUCGGAAUAUGCAAAUUUGCCAAAUGGGAUCGUUUCGAAUGGGAGAUCAACACCAGCAACCAACGGCCGUCGCAUCACCCAAUUUCACUUCACCAACUGGAACGACCACAAGGCGCCGGAGUGCUCGAUCGGGUUGCUACGGUUCCUCCAUCUGCUCCGCGACCGCGACGAGUUCAGCAACACCCCCGUGGUGGUUCACUGUAGCGCUGGGGUGGGGAGGACGGGGACGCUAAUAGCCAUCGACUCGAUGUUGGACAUGUACGAGAAGGAGAACGAGAUUGACGUCUUCAAGUUCGUCUCCUCGAUGCGACAGCAGCGAAAUAUCAUGGUGCAAAGUCAGGACCAGUACACGUUUAUCUACAAGGUGAUGGCCGAGUGGCACCUCUUCGGCCAAACCGAUAUGGACGUCGACGAGUUUGUCGGGCACUACUCGAAGCUGCAGAAUGGCGCGAAAUCCGGGAAGAACUACGGUCCCGGUCUUGAGGAGGAGUUUAAGAAGCUAAAAGAAGAACUGGAAGCACGACAAAGUACGAAAUUCGCCGACGACCCGAGCAACUUGAUGAAAAAUCGGCACCCUCGCGCAGUACCGUACGACCGGAAUCGGGUUCUCCUCCAACCGAGCCUCGGCUACGUCGACUCAACGUACAUUAAUGCGUCGUCGAUUCGCGGGUAUUUCUACCCUUACGUGCUGGCCCAGGAUCCGCUCUGCCCGGCUACUGCCUUCGACGUUUGGCGCAUGAUUUGCGAGAAGAAAGUGGCGACCGUAGUCGCGCUUUCGCCACUCCAUGUUUUCGCGCCCUCGGAGAAGUACUGGCCGGAAUUGGUGGGCACGCCGAAGGUAUUCAGCCGCGAGUCUCAGUCGGUCACUGUCAGCCUACUAUCCGAAGAUCUUUCGCAGCAUUACGUGACGAGACGCAUGGAAUAUGUGAUGAAGAACGACCCAUCUACUUCCCGAGUCGUGGCCCAGAUCGCAUAUACAGACUGGGAAGAGGGAAGCUGUGUCCCAGCUUCCCCCUCUUCCCUCCUGUCGACAAUCGGUGCCGUGCUGGAGCGUCAGGCUCACAACAUCGACCAGGGCCCGAUCGUGCUCAUGUGCAGAAACGGCUCCGCGGAGUCGGCCGUCUACUGCGCCGUGUCGUUGCUGAUGGAGCGGUUAAAGGCCGAGAGAAGGAUAGACGUUUUCCAAACGGCUCGAUCAAUACAACAGCAAAGGGCAGAGACUUUUACAAAAAUUGAUGAAUAUGCCUUCCUAUACCAAACCGUCGCCGAGUACCUGUCGAUGAGCGAAAAUCGC